AUGAAUAAAAAUAUACAAAAGAAUUCUCAGAACAAGCCUUCAAAGUCAUCACGAAAAUCUUCUUCGAAUUCGCGCCGAUCCACGAAAUCUACUGAUAUACCUUCUCAAGUUCCACAUCGGUCAGAAACUCAUUCUCAAAAAUCGUCGAUUGAUUUAGGUCAUGAUCUAUUAACUGAAAUUAUCGAAGAUCUAACGUCAGAUAUCGAUGAUACACGACCAACAUCAACAUCGUCUAUUCUUUCAAAAAAUUCGCAAACUAAAAAUAAUGAAGCAAUCUCAACAUCAUCGAAAAAACUAUCUUUAUCAAUUAAUGCUUUACGAAAUCCAACAUGUGUACCGGGAAAAAAGUCAUUUCGGUCAUCAAAAAAAGGAGUAAAAUCUAGUCAACAGCAAGAAAAAUCUAAUUCACCAAGUUGUUUCAAUAGUUUUGAUGAAACAUAUGAUUUAAAUGUUGCUAGAAAAUCCAUUGGUGAACAACGACGAGAUCGUCUGACUAAACAUAUGAAAGAGUUUUAUCAAGAUUUUUUUGAAUUCGAUAAAAAUUCAAAUAUGAAUUCUACUCAUGAUAAUCUGAAUAAUAAUGAUAAACGAAAACAAUAUUCAACAGCAUUAUGGUAUGAAUUAAAAGCAUAUUUUAAUGGUGCAAAUUCAUUAGAUGAAAAUGGUAUUAAAAAUGAACAAUAUUCUAUUGAUCGUCAACGAAAGAAGUUUCUCGAUGAAUUUUACACUUUUUUUAGUCACUUUGGUUUUGAACAAUCAUAUCAUAAUGAUAUUCCGACAAUCCAACGUCGUCAUAUGUGUGAACAUCAUUUAAACCAUUGUCAUAAUGUUGAAAAACGCAUGCAAAGUUUAUUUUUAAAAUGGGAUUAUAUAUUAUCGUUAUUUCCAUCUUAUGCAGCACUUGAACAAUAUGAUAAACGUUUCAAUCCACGUACGCAAGAAGGAAGAAUUUUUUAUGAAAAAUUAUAUAUUUUUCAAGCAUGGCUUAAUUUACAUUCAGAAAUCAAUCAUUUAAUUAAUAUUCUUGGUCGAAUAAUGUCAUCUAUAAAAUGUCACGCGUGGCCAAACAGUACAUGUUCAUCGCCAGGAAAAUCUAAUGAUAACCUAUCACGUCCAACAACACCAUUGUCAACAUCUAGUCAUGACCAAAAAGAUCCUAUUGUCGGAUCUCCACCUAAUCCAUCGCCUUUUUUAACCACGCCCGAAAUUAGGAUCAGACGUCAGAAUACAUUUACAUCAAUGUCGAGCGUUGAUAGCAUUCAUCAAUCGCCAUUAUCAUCAGGUUCAUCAUUAAUGAAUUUUUACUAUCGAUAUAUUGAUGAUCAAGUAACACAUGCUCGAAUUGAAUUAAUUGCGAGCAUAUUUCGUUCUAAACAUGGUCCUUUAUUGCAACGUUUACGUUAUACAUAUCGAAAAGAACAUCGAUCAAGUUUUUCAACGUUUGAUGAUCUGUUUAAAAACUCACCAUUCUUCCCAAAAAAAUUCAUACCAAAUGAUUACUUAUCAGAUGCGAAACCUGAUAAAUUAAUCGACGAAUUCUUCCUUCUUAAUAAACAAUUACGAGAACAAAAAAAUCCAAAACUUGCAAACAAGCCAAUAAAGAAAACCACAGGAAUUUAUUCCGAUAAAGUAAAUAAUAUUCUUAAUCGUUUCGAUCAAAAUCCAACAUUAACAUCAAGUACAUUUCCACCAGCGCCGGCACCAACAUUGGUUCUAAAACUUUUAUGUUAUGAUCGAAGUAUACUGAAACGACAACCAUAUUAUCUGGACUAUCUUGAUCCAACAUUAUAUCCACAUUUACCUGGAUCAACAUUAUUUCCUGACCCAUGUUUAUUUCUUGAUCAUUCGCCUUUGAAUUCCUAUUCACAAUUGCCAACAGAAGAAAAUAUUUUAAUUGCAAAGAUCUUGAGCAUAUGUCAUCGUCUUUAUGAUAAACAUGUUUGGGUUGAUAGUGGAAGAUUUUCAGAUAUGUGUGAUAUAUUUCAUUUACCAUCACUUUACCCACAUUAUGUUUUUCUUGUGCAAAUUCCAUUGGAUUUAAUGAUUGCAUGGCAAAAACAUCAUCAUGAUAAAAGAAUGGAACAAACAUCAACUACAGGUGCUCUUCUUUUAUUAAUUGAUGAAUGUAGCAUUCUUAUACAUGGUUCAACAUUAGUACGUCAAUAUGUUAAAUUAAUGAUAACAGAUACUUUUGAAAAAGCAGAAUUAAAAUUAAUUGAAGAUGAUCUAAUUCAAUUUGAUAAAAAUAUAACCGAUACAAUCUAUGAAAUUCUUAACUACAUUGAAAGCUAUGUAGAAUUAGCAUUGAAUUUAAGUCUAUUUCAUAAUUGUAUUAUACUAUUGAAGGAUCAAUGGAAAUCAUUAAAAAAAUAUUCAACUAUGAUGAACAUUGAAGAAACGCUGGGUGAAAUUUUUUUAAAUAUUUAUGCAAAAAUAAUUGCACAUUUUCAUGAACAUAUCGAUAUAUUUCAUUCAUCAGUAUUGUCGUCGCCAGAAACAAUUAAAAUAGAACAUAUUAAAAAGAAGAUUCAUAGAAAAUAUCAAAAGAAAUUAACUAUGACUAUUCUUCGUGAAGCUAAAGCAAUAUACGAUGACUGUGCAUUAACAAUUAAUAUUUAUUUACAAAAACCUGUGUGUAAACGAUUUUUGCUUAUUCUUAAAACAGCUGGAUUUGAAAGAAUUAAAUUUGCUUCAGAAAAUUAUCACAACAGCGGUAGCAACCAAACUGACAAGCGUGCUACUCCAGUAUCUAAAUGUCUUCUCUUCGCUCCAGCAAAAUAUUUUAAAGACAAAUCAACUAAACUACAAAUCGUGCGAAUACUAUCUUCUUCAUUUCGAAUUAAUACAAGUAAUAAUUUAUCUACGGAAUUAAAUGAUGAUCUAUCAACAACACAACAACAACUACAGUCUCCAACGUUAUCUCAACUACCAUCGAUUCCAGCAUCUGAAAUUUCUCCACCACUAGUUUAUAUUCUUUGUGUACCGGUUUCAAUUGAACUCGAAUCUGAGUGGCGCGGUGUCACACAUCUACUACCUGAAAAUAAGAAUUUAACAUCUAUAUUACCUCUACAUUCUAAUUGGAAAACGACAACGAUUUUUCUUCUUACUCAACAAACGAAUAAUCUUGAAAACUUUCAAGAAUCAUUUAAAGAAUGUUUAUCAAAAAUAAAUGUUCAACAAAGCGAUUUAUAUAAUUUUGAUUCUAGGCCAGGGCAAUUGUUACAAAGACGUUCAUGUUUCGAAAAAGUUGAUAAUGCUAUGAGAAAUUUAGCUCAUUCAAUUCUAAACUUAAGUAAUUGUAUUGCCAGCAACGUGGAAACUUUCGAAAAAAUAAUCGAAAAACUCGAUACAAAAGAUUAUGUUCAUAGUGAAGAACGUGCAUUUGCAUUCGGUAUGGAUGUUAUUCGUGAAACGAGUUUCUAUGCAACACAAUGCGAACAUAAUACGCUAAAAAUCCAAUCUGAGAAUCAAUUAUCAUUUGCAAAUAUUUGGUUGAAUUUUGCUCGUAAAAAGAAUUCCACACGAACAUCAAAAUAUCCCAUAACGAUUCCGAUGUGGUUAUUGCCUGGAAUGCAUUUUCUUCGCCAUGCGUGCUCAUUACAUUUUGCAAACCAUGUUGAUAAUGAUUUAUUUUCAGAAUUUUAUUAUAAUAUGGUAAAAACGAUUAAAUAUUUAAACAAUUCAAAUAAUUAUACUCCAAAUCAAGAUAAUAGAUUCUCAAAAACAUUUCAACACUCAUCAGUAACUAAACAUGGCUAUGAUAAGAGAAAGAAAAAGAAAUUACAAUUAAAUAGAAUUGAACAAAUUGAUCAUUUAGAGAAACGUAUUGAUAAACGACGUCUUGAUGAAGGUCUUAUUGGAAAAAUUAUACCUAUUUGUAAAUCGUCGACUUUAUCAAAGAAAACGGAAGAUGAUUUAGCAUACUUAAAAAUACGCAAUUUUCAUAAGCUAAAUCUUCUGUCACGCGGACAAUAUGCAACAACUUACAAAUGUACAGUAAAUAGAAGCGAUAAACAAGAAAUUCUCUGUUAUAAGCAAUAUAAAAUUCAACAUAAUAACGCCCAAGCAAUUGCAAAAGUUCUCGAACAACUUAUACCACUUAUGCAUAUUGACCAUGAAAAUCUAAUUAAAUAUCAUGGCAUUGCACUUGAACAUGAUCAUAUUUUAUUUUUUAUGGAAUACUGUAGUCACGGUACCAUAGCACAACUUCUACUUGGCACAUCGUCAUUGUCAAUAUCGCAGACAGAUAUGCAUCGUCCGUCGGCAUCAUACAUCGAUAUGCACCGUCUAUCAAUAUCUCAUGCCGAUACACGUCGUACAUCAUCUGUACUAAGUUCAAUAAUAGAUACAUCAUUUAUUGAUAAAGAUAUUGUUCCAGCAUCAGCUGGAUUUUCUUUUUUUAAAGAACCUCUUGUUCAACGUUAUCUACGCCAAUUAUUAUCUGCUUUAUCUCGUUUACAUGAAAAAGAAAUAAUUCAUCGAGAUAUACGUAAUGUUAAUAUAUUUCUAACAGAUUCAACGAAGCAAUCAAUUAAAUUAGGUGAUAUCAAUUUUGUUUAUGAUUUUAAAUUUAUGAAAAAACAGCCUUUAUUACUUGACAUGGAAGCUGUGAUUAGUAAACGUGAAUCAAUUGUUUUUUAUGCCCCAGAAACGAUAACACAAAAUGAAACAACGAUUAAAUCGGAUAUUUGGUCUUUAGGUUGUACAUUAAUUCAUAUGUUAACUGGUCGUAUACCAUGGAAUAAUCCAACGACAACAUCAAGUGUUUAUUAUUUUAGAGUUUUGAAUUGGAUUGCUGAUGGCGUUCGUCCACCAAUUCCAACUGAUUUAAAACUAUCAAAUCACUGUAUUCAUUUUCUUGAACAAUGCUUCCAACACGAUCCUACUCGACGACCAUCAUCACAAGAACUACUUGAACAUCCCUUCGUGAAACUAGAGUAA